AGAAAAAAUCAUCGCUUCUUUUUUUCCUUUUUUUUCUUUCAGUUUCGAAACGAUCGAUAUUGAUGUUACGAUUUCAAAACAGUCGGCGUGUACGUCUCUAAUGGUGUAGUACUAUAGUAUGUACUAAGUACACCUCGACACAAUAUGAGCCGCGUCGCGGUAUGAGGCUUGAAAACAAUUGAACUUUGUGCAGUAAUUCGACAUUCUUAUCAAAUUAUUCGAAAUAAUUAGAGUCGAAUCGUCAUUGAUUUAAAUAAAUUUAAAUCAAUUGAAAAUCGUCUUAUUGUUUACCGGGGAUAUACAGAGGUGAAACUCUGUACUGUACGUCUUUGUUAUUGAACGAGGUUAGGUAAAAUUUCAUCAAAAAUGUAUCGAACAUUUUUCUUGUUAAUCGGUCUACUCGCCGUGGCGCGAUGUGAAAGGCUCGCCGAGUCGGACUGCACUUACGAUGCCGCCCUAGUGUCCUAUCAUCCGGUUACCGAUGGCGACGGCCCUACAAUGGCCGAGGCCAACGCUCGCAAUUAUCAGAAAAUCAUCGCAGACGCCGCCAAUUACGGAGCGGACAUAGUAGUGUUUCCGGAAUACUCGUUGACCAGCAUCCCCAAGGACAAGGGCCAGGUGAAGGAGCGGCCCAUGGACGACGCGGCCUUCCGCGCCUUCUUCCGCGACACGGCCUCGCGAGUGACCCCCUUCGAGGUAGACGCGAUCAUCUGCGCGAAUGAGACCGACUACUACGCGAAAUCCCUGAGAAUGAUAUCGUGCUCCGCCCAGGCCAACCGCGUCUACGUCGUGGUCAAUCACCUCGAGCGCGUCGACUGCGCCUCGAGCGACGAGGACUGUCCCAGCGACGGCUUCCUGCUCUACAACAGUCAGGUGGUGUUCGAUCGGAGCGGUCGCGUCGUCGGCCACUACCGCAAGUACAAUCUGUUCAACGAGCCCGGGGUCAACGUCACCGCCGAGCCCAUGAUCUGGGUCUUCGGCACGGACUUCGGCGUCACGUUCGGCACGUUCAUCUGCUUCGACGUGCUGAACGAGCGGCCGGCCACGUGGUUCAAGCAUCAGCCCCAGGUGGAGAACGUCGUCUACUCGACGCACUGGUUCAACGAGCACCCGUUCCAUCACGCCAUGCAGGCGUUCGGCUCCUACGCGUACGCGGCCGACGUUAACUUCCUCGUCUCGGGAUACAGCGACGGCCCGACACAGAGCGGCGGUUUCGGGGUAUUCUACGGAACUCAAGACGUCCACCCAACCAUAAAUGUUCCCGUGACGAAAAACUCCCUGCUGGUCGCGAGAGUGCCCAAGACCAGGCGCGCCUCCCAGGCCUGCGGUCGAGUUCACGCAGCGACCGGUUUGUUGGCCCUCAAGGACUACAUGCCUGGCGAGCUGCCGGUCGACACCGUAUACAAGCUCGACUCCGAGGGCAAGCAGAUCGAGAAGUUGCCGCUGCUCCACUUCCGCGAGGACAUGAGCAAGUACAAGUCCCUGGUCGUGAAGCCCGACGAGGAGAAUCGGGCGACGAUCUGCCACAACGAGACCUGCUGCGAUUUCCACGUGCACUGGCAGGUCUGGGACAAGCGGGCCGAGGCCAUGGCUCGGGAUCGGGAUUACAAGACCUACACAUAUCGCAUGGUGGCGUUCGACGGCGUACGCCCGUUCCACGACUUCAUGGUGGCCGGCGUGCAGAUCUGCGCCGUGGUGGCCUGCGCGGGCCCCGAGCUCGAGGACUGCAGCACCAGGUGGAACAGCUUCGACAACACCGUGCUCUAUCCGUCGUCCUUCCGCGAGCUGAAGAUCGACCUCAAGUUCCCGGCGGCGGACGAGCAGGGCGGCGCACCCGAGCGCAGCUCUUACGCGCCCACGACCUUCCGGGGCGUCACGGAGCGUUCCCUGGAGCCGUACGAGUACGAGUUCAAGCAGACGGAGGCGGGCGUCGGCAUGGAGCUCGUCAAUCGGCGCAACAGGGUCAGCAUGGAUCUGCUGACUUUCGGCAUCUACGGACGGAGAUUCGACAGGGACGUCGUUUACACGGAGAAUCUCAAACACAUGAUCGAACCCGAGCAGCAGCAGCAACAGCAGCAGCACGACGAUGGCAGCGGCGAGAAGGUGGAGUCACAUUAUUGCCAUCAAGACGGUGUCGAUGGUUGCAUCGAUGGUCGCUGAUUUUUUGUUAUCGGAAUGUAUCAUAAAGAUGAUACUCUGAAACGAACGUAAAAUGUUGUUAUGUAAAAUAUAAUAAUGAAAAAAAAAAAAAAUGAAAAAAUAGAUUAGCCGAAAUAAACGUUU